AUGUCUUCCACCAACGAAGUGCAUCCUUUCGCCCCGAUGGACCCUCCGCCUACAGCGCUGGGCAGGUAUCGUGUGCUGGGCCCUCGUGCAGGCGUUCGCGUUUCCCCUAUAGCCCUAGGGGCUGGGUCCAUCGGGGAUAGAUGGUCCAAAUGGAUGGGCGCGAUGGAUAAAGAAGGCAGCUUCAAGUUGCUUGACGCGUACUACGCGGCAGGGGGUAACUUCAUCGACACCGCAAACACAUACCAGGAUGAAACUUCCGAACAGUUCAUUGGGGAGUGGAUGGAGGCUCGGGGCAACCGCGACGAGAUAGUCGUGGCUACGAAGUAUAGCACACAGAACAAGCGUACCAACGACUCUGUCGGUAUCAAGAUCAACUUCGCCGGCAACCACACGAAGAACAUGCAUGUGGCCGUCGAGCGAUCUCUGGAGAAUCUUCGCACGUCGUACAUCGACAUCUUGUACAUUCACUUCUGGGAUUGGAGCAGCAGUGUGGAAGAAGUCAUGAACUCGCUUCACAACCUCGUCGCGUCCGGCAAGGUCCUCUACCUAGGUAUCUCAGACACACCGGCCUGGGUCGUCGCAGACGCCAACCGGUACGCGAUCGACCACGGCAAGACACCAUUUGUGAUCUACCAGGGCAAGUGGAACGUCUUGUCGCGCGACUUUGAGCGCGAGAUCAUCCCAAUGGCGCGGAAGCUCGGUCUGGCACUUGCGCCGUGGGAGGUCAUUGGUGGCGGUAAGAUUCGCACGGAUGCCGAGGAAGAGGCUCGCCGCAAGACCGGCGAAAACGGCCGCAAUUUCUUUGGCGGCGGUUGGGAACGCAAUGAGGAUGAGAAGAAGAUGGCCGUCGUGCUUGAAAAGAUCGCGGGUCAGGUCGGCGUGAAAAGCAUUCGGGCUGUUGCGGUCGCCUACGUCCUUCAAAAGACGCCCUACGUCUUCCCGAUCAUCGGCGGGCGCAAGGUCGAGCAUCUGCUCGAGAAUCUCGAGGCGCUCGAGGUUGCUCUCACGCCGGAGCACAUCAAGGAGAUUGAGAGUGUCGUUCCGUUCGACCUCGGGUUCCCGCAUUCCAUGAUCGGUCAUGAGGGCGAUGCGCCGAUCCCACUCAUGCUCACAAGCGGUCACUACGACCAGUGGCCUCUUCCGCAAGUCAUCACACCCAAGAAGAACUGA